AUGAGAAACGUCAGCUCAGAAAUCAAUUCCAAGUUUAACUUUACCAAACCACUCGGGAAUAUCAGACUCUUGGUCGAAAAUCUCAAGCAUUCCCAAAACAUUAUCUCUGUUAUCAAUACUUGCAACCAUUUCGGAGUCCAUUCUGUUCACCUUACCGCUAGUUCAACCGAUUGUUUUUCGCCUGAAAUUCUUGCCGAGACAAAUUGUGGCUUCUUGAGCUUGCCGAUCGAGGAAAACGUUCAACUCGAUCAAGAGUGGGAUAGAAAUGGAAACGGGUCAGACUUUAUCAUGGGCAAGAAAGCGAAGAACAACAAGCUUGUCAAGGCCGGCGGAGCCAAGCGCGCCGUCUUGAUGCCCCUGAUCAAGGAGCUGUACCAAAUGACCUCCACCGUCGACAAACGACCCAACAUCGAGGAGGUGUACAGACUGGCCCAGGCGAUCGAAGAGAAACAGUCCUCCUUCAUCCCACCUAGCUACAACAUCGACAGAGUUCAGGCUGGGAAUGAGCUUAUUGAUCAAUUGAAAAGUCAAUACAACUGUAACAUCAACGCGGAGGCUGAGUCCGACGACCUUGGCGGCGUCCGACUUCGACUAACCGAAGACUGUGAAAACAACAACACAGUUCUCGAUAUCCCAAUCGAUGCCUGCAUCACAACUGUCAAUAGAGAAGAGAUGACAGUUCUGGAUGCCUGCAGAACAGAUCCAGUCCUCGGCAACAUGGUCAACGUUCAGCUGGCGCUGAAUUUGUUGUUUGAAGUUUUUGAAAACAAAAACUCAAAGCAUUAUCAUUACUUGCGAACGCUGCCCGCAAAGCCUGACACUGUUGUUGCCCAAAAACUUGAAGAUAUUCUUCCACUCCAAGGCUCAAGCAUUUGGAUGGAAGCUGAACCACUUCUUAUCGCUGUUCAUCGGCAGUACGCUCGUCUUUACCAGAUGAUCUCGAACUCGCCAGUUCCCGGAUUCGAAAACCUCCGAAACGGCUUUACGCUUUCCGCCUACAAAUGGGCCGUUCAAAUCGUCCAGACUAGGCAAAAUGGAUACCCGGGCGUGAAUCACAUGGAACUGAACGAUUUGGUGCUGAUCCCUGUUUUGGACUUGUGUAAUCAUGCUUUUGAACCGACAGUUAAAAUAACUCAAACUGGCGAGGAUAAAUUUAAAGGUUUGAAAUUAUCCCUCUCCCCGAAAAAAGACGAUCUGAAGAAGGGGAGUGAGUUGAGUCUGAAAUACUCGCCAACUUGUUCGUCCGAAUUCUUUAUUCAUUUGGGCUUCAUUCCCGAAGAAAUUCCAAAUGAUUGCUCGAGACUGAAAUUAAGUCUUCCAAAAUCCGGAUCUGAUUGGAGAAUCGGUCUCCUCUCACUCUUGCCAAUCAAGUCUCCGUUCAAAAUUGGAAAAGACAAUGUUCCAUUCGAUUUGAUCAAUUUUAUCCGGGUCUUCCAUAUGUCUGAGGAAGUUGCCAAGGUCAAAUUUGAAGAAAUGAAGACUGCCGAACGGAUCGACUUGUCUCUCGGCGAAGAAGAAUCGAAAGUAUUCGACUUUCUCCUGCUCCGUUUGCGCUUGAUGAUCGCCAACGUCGACCGCUGUCUUCAAAAAUGCCCAGAAGAGUCUCUCUCCAAAAAGCUCCUGCAAAACGAGCGUACUAACUUUACAGAAGCAGUUGAAUAUAUUCAAACGCUCAAGGAGUAA